CCCCGCCUCCGCACUCUGUCAUGGCGGCGCCCAGUGCUCAAGCCGAUGUGAAGGAGCAGGAUGCUGGGACUUUUGUCGUCUCGACAAGCCGGUUUAGACGACCCGCUUCGCCUCCGCAGAGCGGAGUCCACACGGAGGGUUUUAGGACUGGAGUUAAACAAAGACAGAGAUGUUGAAAGAAUCCAUGGCAGUGGCAUUAACACCCUUGACAUUGAACCUGUUGAGGGGAGAUAUAUGUUAUCAGGCGGUUCAGAUGGUGUGAUUGUACUUUAUGAUCUUGAGAACUCCAGCAGACAACCUUAUUACACAUGUAAAGCAGUGUGUUCCGUUGGCAGAAGCCACCCUGAUGUUCACAAGUACAGUGUGGAGACUGUGCAGUGGUAUCCUCAUGACACUGGCAUAUUCACAUCAAGCUCAUUCGAUAAAACCCUCAAAGUAUGGGAUACAAAUACGUUACAAGCCGCAGACAUAUUUAAUUUUGAAGAGACGGUGUAUAGCCAUCACAUGUCUCCCGUCGCCACCAAGCACUGUCUUGUAGCAGUUGGUACAAGAGGGCCCAAAGUACAACUUUGUGACUUAAAGUCUGGAUCCUGUUCCCACAUUCUACAGGGUCACAGACAAGAAAUAUUGGCAGUUUCCUGGUCACCACGUCACGAAUUUAUCUUGGCAACUGCAAGUGCUGACAGUAGAGUAAAAUUAUGGGAUGUGAGGAGAGCAUCAGGAUGUUUGAUUACUCUCGACCAGCAUAAUGGAACAAAGUCACAAGCUGCUGAAUCAGCAAACACUGCUCACAAUGGGAAGGUCAACGGCUUAUGUUUUACACAUGAUGGACUUCACCUCCUCACUAUUGGUACAGACAGUCGAAUGAGGCUUUGGAAUAGUUCCAAUGGAGAAAACACACUGGUGAACUAUGGAAAAGUUUAUAACGACAGUAGAAAAGGAUUGAAAUUUACUGUUUCCUGUGGCUGCAGUUCAGAAUUUGUUUUUGUGCCAUAUGGUAGCACCAUUGCUGUUUAUACAAUUUACUCAGGAGAGCAGAUAACUAUGCUUAAGGGACAUUAUAAAAGCGUUGACUGCUGCGUAUUUCAAUCUAAUUUCCAGGAACUCUACAGUGGAAGCAGAGACUGCAAUAUUCUAGCUUGGGUCCCAUCUUUAUAUGAGCCAAUUCCUGAUGAUGAUGAGGUGAGUCCUUACAAAUCACAGUUAAAUCCAGCAUUUGAAGAUGCCUGGAGCAGCAGUGAUGAGGAAGGAUGAAUAUCAGUUCUUAGUACUUUGUGUCUCCACCGAUGAAACUGUGCAAAUGGGACUGCUGGCUGCUCGUCUGGUUUUAGUUGUCCAGUGGCAGCUAAAUUAACCCUGAACUUAAGUGGAUUGUUUUUCCUCCAUAUUUUUAAAAGAAGUUAACCUUUGCAUAAAAUCCUUUAAAAAAGGCUAUCUAUUCUUAAAACAUGUCCCUGUGAUCCCAGUUACUGUGACCUGGGGCAGGUCCUGUCACUACAGUAUGAGGAAACGAGUCAGCGGCUCUCCUGCCACCCCAUUCACCACUUGGAACCUAGAAUGGAUUGUGCGAGCCAGGAGAUAAACUCUCAGAGGAUGAUCCAGUGGAAUGUAUAUUAUCCAAGUAGAAUUUUUUUUUUCCCUGCUAGUUAUACCAUCAGUCUGCUUAUGUUCACUCUAUUGAUGAUUUCCUGUGGAUGAUUAUAUCAGAAAUAAUGGUUAUGGGGCCGGGGAGGGGGCUUAGUGGGAGAGUAUGUGUGAGACACAGGUGGAACAUGCAAAAGAAAUGGAACUCCAUGGGUGGUGGAGCAGUGCUUUGCUCUCUUUUUUUUUUCCUCUUUACUUCAUAAAAUUAUUAAUGUAAGUUUAACUGGGGAAGUAGCAUAACAGUUAUGCAAAAAGACUUUCGUGUCGGGGAGCAGGGCAGUGGCUACCCUGGUUAAGUGCACAUAUCACCAUGCACAAGGACCUGGGUUAGAGCCCAUGCACCCUCCCUAAGGGGGAGGACGCUUCACAAGUGCUGAAGCAGGUCUAUAGGUGUCUGUCUUUCUCCCUCCUUCUCUCGCCCUUUCCUCUCUCGAUUUCUCUCUGUCCUAUUAAAUAAAAUAGAAAGAAAGGAAGAAAGAAAUAGCCACCAGGAGCAGUGGAUCUGAAGUGACAGCAACAAGUCCAGCAGUAACCCUGGUGGCACAAAGAAAACUCAUGCCUGAGGUUCUAAGAUCCCAAGUUCAGUCCCCAGCACCAUCAUAAGCUGAUCAGUGCUCUGCUCUGUCUCAUUCUGUAUCUUUUUCAUGAAUAUAAAUAAAUAAAAUAUGUAAAUAAAUAAAUGGAGUCAGAGCAUCUAGGAAAAUAACUCAAUUGCUUGAGCACAGGACUUAUAUCCAUGAGGCUCCCACUUCAAGGUCUGCCAUCUUAUAUACCAGAAUGGUACUCUGGUGUUUGUUUCUCCCUCUCCCCCCUUCCUCAUCCCCCCUCCCCUCUCCCUCUCUCCUGUGAAACUCUGUCUCAUAGGAAAUUAAUUAAGUCAUUUUUGAAAAAUUGAACUGGAUAGGUAACUCGGCAAUUCAUACCUUACUAGUCUGUACUCCUAAAUUUAAUCCUGACGUAGCAUCCGAAAUAAUCAUUGAUGAACAUGCAGAAGAAUUAUAUUAUCCGGGUGGGGGAGAUAGCAUAAUGGUUAUGCAAACAGACACUCAUGCCCGAGGCUCCAAAGUCCCAGGUUCAAUUUCCCACAUCACCAUAAAUCAAAGCUAAGCAGUGCUCUGGUGUUUCUCUAUUUUCUGUCUCUGCAUCUCUUCAAAAAUAAAUUCAAUCUUCAUAUUUAAAAAAUAAAAAAGAAUAUUAUCCAUGGUCA